GUUUGGAUAACACUCAACACAAACACGUUAUUUAAAAACACAUUGAAUUUCACAACAUUUUGAUCACUGAUUGUCUGCUUCUGUGUGAUAAUAAAGUGUUGGAAGUGUUGGAAGUGUUGAAGUGAUGGGUAAAGCAAAGGGAGUGUCGAGACGUCGUAAGGCCGCCAAAAGCCAGAGAUUUGUUCACAAAACAAAACUCAAGAAACAGAGGAAUAAAAUGCUGAAGAAGAAUGUGAAGAUUGAAUGCAAAUCGAUUCGCGAAUCUUGGGAUCAGAAGAAGAAUAUGAACGCAAACAUGACAUCAAUGGGUCUCUCAUUAGAUCCAAAUAAGACUCUUUCGAAAGUGAUGUCCAAAAGUGAUGUGAAGAGCGAUCAGAGAAAGAAGGAUAAGACGGACACCAAAAGCAAAGUGAUUUCGGAGUUGGAAGACAUGGCAAACAAACCGCAACCGAAGAACUUCCGCUUUGGUCCCAAAAACAUAAAGUUUUGUAUUUAUAUGAUUGAGAAAUAUGGAGACAAUUAUGAGGCGAUGGCCAGAGACCCAACCAAUUACUAUCAGGAAUCUGUUGGACAGAUCAGAUCCAAAAUCAAUAAAUUCCGGUCCAUUCCCUCCAAUUGGAACUCAUAUAUGAAAGCAAAACAAUUAAUUGAUUCUUCAAAUACGACACAACGCAAUGUCCAGUUCACUGAAGACACAUUCGGAACCGUUGGACACGACUCUGAUAUAGACGUCAGAAAUACCAAUCAAAGCCUUAUUGACGUUCAUUUGGGAUUUUUACAGGUGAGACAUCGCUAUGGAAUUACAUUGACAUUCUCGUGCCCGGACUCUAUGGAGGGCUCACUCGUUGUCCGCAAUGAGGACUCGUGUGGAGUGAGUCCUAACACACAUGUCAUCGAUUUGAGGAGUUUAGUGGUCGGCAAAGGAACACCACUUCUAAAGAAUGGCAUCAAAUGUAUUGGCAUUGAAAUGGAUGAGGACGAAGACGGAGACAACAGUGAUUGGCCUGGAUUUGCUAAUUAA